CCGCUCCACCAUAGGCAGCAUGGUACAAUCCUCAACGCAAAAUGGUACCUCCCAAGCAGGCGCCGAACUACCUCCCAACAUGGCGGAGAUAAAGUCCCAGGGUGUGGAUCAGGUUCUAGCGGAAAUGAAUCGCAUGCCACUCUUUAUGACCACGCUUGACGAGACCGACGGCGAAGGAGGAGAAAAUAUCGCUCUAGAGGCGUUAAAAGCUUUAGCAUACGAAGGAACCAAGUAUGAGAUAGCCGAAAAUUUCCGGCAGCAAGGUAAUGAGUGUGCGAGGGAGAAGCAGUGGACCGACGCCAAAGAAUUCUAUGACAAGGCGAUUGCAGCAUUAAAGGCUCCACCCAAAGAACCAGACCCCGAGGAGGAACUCGAGGAGGGUGUAAGAAUUAUGGAGAUUGGAGACGAGCCAGAACUUGACGAAGAAGAAGAAAGAAAAAAAGAGGCAGCUGUUGAGGAAGCUUGCUAUGUGAAUCGUGCUUUGUGCAAUCUGGAGAAAAAAAACUACCGCUCGUGUAUCCAAGAUUGCGCAUCAACUCUUCGUCUCAAUCCCUCAAAUAUAAAAGCGUUUUACCGUUCUGGAACAUCUUGUCUUGCGCUGGACAAGCUGGCGGAAGCUACCGAUGCUUGCAUGCGAGGCCUCUCUCUGGAUCCCGAAAACGCAUCCUUGAAAAUCUUGUCAACUAAAAUCGCAGCUCGAAAAACCCACCUCGAAGGCGUCGAAAAGGCCCGUCGAGAACGUGAAGAGAAAGCAGCUUCUGAGAAAGCUACACUGAGUGUGGCGCUCAAAGCCAGGAAUAUUAAGACCAGGGCCACCGAGCAAGCACCAGACCUGGAGGACGCGUCCAUCAAACUUGAGAACCCGCUUGACCCUAGCUCCACUCUUACUUUUCCUGUAAUUCUGCUCUAUCCACAGCAUUCCCAGUCGGAUUUUGUGAAAGCGUUCUCCGAAUUCGACACUAUUGCUCAACACUUGGAAUACAUAUUCCCGCUGCCAUGGGAUAGCGCUAAGGAGUAUCACUUGGAAGGUGUAGAAGUUUACAUGGAGACCAUGGCUGGGGGACUGAUGAAAGUGGGCAAGAAAAUGAAGCUUUUCAAGAUUUUGGGGAGUGGAAAGUGCGAUGUGGCCGACGGAUUGGUAAGGAUGAACGUUGUACCCAAGGCGCAUGCCGAACAAUUUGUUGCGACCAGAAAACUCCAGAAAGGCACUUGA